AGGAGGAGGAGAGGAGGAGGAGGAGGAGGCCAGAAAGAGGGUAGGAACAGCAUAAAACCUGCUGCAUUCCGUCCCAGGCCAGCGCUAGAGCACCACUUCUCACGCCUCGUAUCGCCUCUCAAAUAAUGCUGGCGGUGACGAUUGUGACGGCGAUGGUGGCGGUGGCGGCGGCGGAGCAGGCCACGGUGCAAGUGACGCUGCAGCAGGGCGCUAUCACGGGAUCGCGAGAGGAGGCAAUCAACGGCCGCAUGUACUACAGUUUCAAAAGCAUCCCCUACGCCAAGCCACCUGUUGGUCCUCUUCGCUUCAAGAAUCCAGAGCCUGCCGACCCAUGGAGCGGCGUCAGGAACGGCUCGCUGCCCAUCCCCAAGUGUCCGCAGCUUAGUUCUCGUGUUCCAGGGGCAAUCGAGGGACAGGAAGACUGUCUCUACCUCAACGUGUAUACACCCAAGCCAUCUCCUUCAAACUUGCCUGUGAUGGUGUACAUUCACGGCGGCGGUUUUGCAAUUAGCUCGGCGGGAGAAGGAGGUUCACCAGCACCACUGAUGCAGAAAGACAUUGUGUUGGUCACCAUGAACUACCGCCUGGGCACACUAGGCUUCCUCUCAACAAAUGACAACAUUCUACCGGGUAACCUGGGCCUCAAGGAUCAGGUCCUGGCCCUCCAGUGGGUCCAGGACAAUAUCGAGCUAUUUGGUGGCAAUCCUAAGCAAGUCACCAUCUUUGGAGUUAGUGCUGGAGGGAUUUCAGUCCACUUUCAUAUCCUCUCACCAAGCUCUAAAGAACUUUUCCAGCGUGCUAUCCUUCACUCUGGGACAGCAUUACUGCUUGACUUAUUUAAAGCUUCUCAAGAUGUCAACAAGGUUGGCACUUUACUAAACUGCACUGGUAGUGAAAGUCAGCAGUUAUUGGACUGUUUCAGACAGGCAACAGUAGAGGACCUGGUGAAAAUUCCUACUUUCCUCGGGGGACCAUAUAACAUGCCAAUCCCGAUUGGACCAAGCAUUGAUGGAAGUUUCCUACCAGACCAUCCAGUAGUGCUGCUCAAACAAGGUCGUUAUAAUAAGGUGGACGUGAUCAGUGGUAACACAAAGGAUGACGCCAAUGGUGUUGGGAUAGUUCUAUUCAGUGAGAAUGGAAAACAGGUACUUCAGGAGUUGAACAACAAUAUCACAAAGAUGGGGCCAAUCUUACUCGCAAUGACAGAGAAUGAAAAUCCCACGUAUCUGGCUCAGCGUGUCUUGUUCAAGUAUAUGCCUUACAACAAGGACUUCAAUUUUACACAUGAAGAUGAGGUUGCCCUAACACAGAUUCUCACUGACCAUUACUAUCGCAUCAACAACAUAAGAACAACUGACUUCCAUGCUCAAGAUUCUAACGUGAAGACCUUCAUGUACCAGUUUGACCAUGAGCCUGAGAGAUCGUAUGAAUACAUUAUUAGAAAUGCUACACAGAUAAGACCAAUGGCAGGACAUGGGGAUGAUAUAAGAUAUUUGCUUCAGUUACCUGACCUAAUAGAACCUUGGCAUCGUGUACAAGACCUUUACAUGCAAGAAAUCCUUGUCACUCUCUGGACUAACUUUGCUUCUACAGGGAACCCAACCAUCAAUGGCACUCUAGGAUUCAGAUGGACUCCUGUAGCACACAACAAACAAUCCUAUUAUUUAUCCCUCACUACCACCCCAAGCAUGCAGCCAGUGAACAGCAAGAUCCUUGAAUUUUGGAACUGCCUGCCAACUUCAACUUCUAAGCAACUCUAUCCAGAACUUUUUCUUCCAAAUAGCAACAAGGCCUGCUAAUUGGCUGGGUGCUGAUCCAUAUUCCACUUUGUUCACCCAGUGAGAAGACAACUAUCACAACCACUCUCACAAUAUCCACAUGCAGUGAUUCUGGAAAAAAAAAAAAAAUCUCUGCCUGCUGCCUCCCACCUCGGACUUCAACGUUAGAGACAAGACAAGAAAAUACAUAUUUCCUGUGUGGACUCAACCAUUUGUUACUUUUAGUGUGAGCAUAGCAAGGCAAGAACUCAAUAAAGCUGUUGAGUAUGCGUGAAGAGAGCUAGCCACAUCCAGUCAGAUGAAGCAUGCAUGGUAGAAAAGUUAAUCACUCCAUUUGAAAGUCUCUCUUCAACUUGCUAUCUUUCAAUAACCACAAUAUGAGGUGAAAUCUAGGUGCUAUCUUUAGAAAGAGGAAGAUGAUAUUUAAUACAAUAUUUAUUAGUA